UGAAAAGGUGUCCAAGUAUUUACACUGACAACUAGUGGCAGUGAACAAUGGAACAUAACCUGAACUGAAUAUGUAGCGUGUAGUAAACAAUUCUCUAUUUUUUUUACGUGAUUACGGUGCGUACCGAUCAUCGCACGAUAAUUACAUUAAUGGCAUAAGAAUGCAAGUUUGUGUUCGAGGAUUUCAGGGAUCAUAAUAGCGAUAAGAUGGUGAAUAAAAAGUUAAACUCGUCUUGUGUGUGUACAUGACCAUUUAACCUCUCGUCAUCACAAACGUGCCAACGAUCUAGUUGCUAUUAAAACUGAUGAUAUCAAUCGUAAUAUACCGAUGAACGAACUCAAGACUGCGUCAUUGAGUUUUUUCAAUCAGCGUUGUAGAAUGCUGUAAGUUGCGGAGAGAUGUUACGACGUAAUAGGUUGAAGCACAGAGUAAUAUCAAUUGGUAUCAUUGUUCUUGUGACAAUAUUUUACAAUGAAUUUCUCGUAUAUGAAGUACAAAAGCUCAAGUGGACCAUGCGCGAAUGUUCCGAGUGCGUCAAGAUUCUUCUUGUCGCAGAUCCUCAAAUACUCGGGGAAAAAUAUGAGAAUUACUUUGGUUCAUGGAUAGCAAGAUGGGAUAGUGAUAGGUAUUUAGAGAAGACUUUCUCGAGAGCAUUAAAAUUUUCUCAGCCGCACGUUAUUGCCUUCUUAGGUGAUCUCAUGGAUGAAGGUCAUAUAGCUAAUGCAGAAGAUUUUGAAAGAUACAAGAGGAGAUUAGAUUCAAUAUUUUCGAUGCCAGAUGACAUAAUGAAAAUUUAUUUGCCAGGCGACAAUGAUAUUGGAGGUGAAAACGAUCGUGUUUCUCCCAACAUCCACAAGAGAUUUAAUUUCGCAUAUACUCAGCCAGACACAUUAGUGUACAAGACCGUUACCUUUUUCAAAGUAAAUAGAUUGACACGCACGAUGCCGGAAGCGCCGAAGGAUGCAUUUCUUAAUGAUUACGCAGAAAGGAAUACAACUAAUGUUAUUCUUAGCCAUAUACCUUUGCUGUUUACGCCCGGAAGUUUCGUACAAAAUGUAAUCAAAGAGUUAUCACCGCAAGUCAUUUUUACCGCGCACGAACACAAAGCGAUGCAAAUAAGUCUGGACACAGCGACAGAUCAGUUAAGCGACGUUUGGAUUUUGUCACCUUAUGAAACGCUUCUGUACCAAUUAAGAAUGGACGUAGGGGAUAUUCACGAAAUACAAAUACCCACCUGUUCUUACAGAAUGGGUACGCCACACAUGGGUUACGGACUUGCGUACAUAGAUACUCAAGAGAAGACCGUUGAAUUUACAAUUCUGUGGUUACCAGACAGAUUUCCACUGCUACGUGCUUAUAUAUUUAUCGGUAUAUUGGUCGUUAUACUUGCUAUUUGCUUUUUCGUUUCAGGCUGUUGCGUAAAAAGCUACGCAACUUAUAAUCGUUUACCUCCCGUUUAAAGUAGGGUUUAACAAAAAAAAAGUACUUAUGCAUUCAAGUGAAUUAACUUAGCGUUGUGAUUAGAUACAAAGAUCCGUCCAGAUUACAUGAUUCUUCGACCAUCGUGAGAAUAAUGUUUAUUAGCUGCCACGUUGAAAUAACUUACAAUGAAACUUAGGGUACUUAAUGAUACAAAUUGAUACAAAUGUUCUAUUUUAUUCAUACAUUGAAUGUCGAGAAAGAUAGUAUGAUAUUUUGUCGAUUUGUAUCACUAAAUGAUAUGAUAUUAUCUUGUUCAUUGAAUCUCAAAAAUCUUAGAUCUCCGAAGCAGGACGCUUUUAAAGAAUCUCUUUCUUUUAAGACUUUCUAUAAAAUUAUUUAUGAUGAAUAUAUAUUUAUUUGCUUUUAAUCACACACGUUGUCAUACAUGACUGAAAGCAUGCCAAAUAUUCUAUCGAAUAAUAGCGUUGGCUUUAGGCAUCUUGACUAAUGCUUGAAUUAUAAUUCGAGUGACUUAUAAUUUCAAGAAAAACUUAUCGUCAAAGAAUAGAUAAAUGGUAAAUGGUGAGGUCUUGUAAGAGCGUUCAAAUUAUUAUAUCUGAAUUUAAUUCUGUAUUGUUUUUCGGCAUUCUAAAUCAUCAUUUUCUUCAGCCUUAAAGCCAGCGCGGCAUAAGAGUAUUAUGUACAUAGCGAUAUUUCUUGAUGAAUCUCGAUGUUUUAUUCUGAAAUCUUUGUAUGUGUAUGUGUGUAUGUGUGUGUAUAAUAAGAUUGGAAAUAAGACCGUUUAUGUUAGA